CGUCCCGGAAGUCGUGGCUCGGAGCUGGAGCCAUGAUACCUGCCAGGCUCUCCUCAGCCAGCCUUUGCCCCCUGCUGGAGGGCGUGGCCCAGUGGGCUUCAUGCCCCUGGGCUGGUCUUAAGCCUGGCCAACUCCUUCCAAAGCAGGCCUUGUCCAGGCCACUCUCGGUGGGCUCUGUGGACCACGCCAAGCAGCCGGAGCCUCCUGGCAAGAAGCCACUCUCUGAGAAGAAACUGAAAAGACACUUCGUGGACCAGCGCAGAGUGUUUGUCCGUGGAGGAAAUGGAGGCUCUGGUGCCAGCUGCUUCCACAGUGAGCCCCGCAAGGAGUUCGGAGGCCCCGAUGGUGGGGAUGGCGGCAAUGGUGGCCACGUCAUCCUGAGAGUUGACCAGCAGGUCAAGUCCCUGUCCUCAGUGCUGUCCCAGUACAGGGGUUUUGCUGGAGAAGAUGGUGGCAGCAACAACUGCUCUGGCCGGGGUGGUGCCGUGCUGUACGUUCAGGUCCCCGUGGGCACGCUGGUGAAGGAGGGGAGAGAAGUCGUGGCCGACCUGUCAAGCCCGGGAGAGGAGUACAUCGCUGCCCUGGGCGGGCCAGGGGGGAAAGGCAACCGCUUCUUCCUGGCCAAUGACAACCGCGCUCCUGUGACGUGCACCCCAGGACAGCCGGGCCAGGAGCGCGUUCUCUCUCUGGAGCUCAAGACCGUGGCCCACGCUGGCAUGGUUGGGUUCCCCAAUGCAGGCAAGUCCUCACUGCUCCGAGCCAUCUCGAACGCGAAGCCUGCCGUGGCUUCCUAUCCCUUCACCACCUUGAAGCCCCACGUGGGGAUCGUCCACUACGAAGAUCACCAGCAGUUAGCAGUGGCCGACAUCCCAGGCAUCAUCCGAGGCGCCCACCGAAACAAGGGCCUGGGGCUCAGCUUCCUGCGGCACAUCGAGCGCUGCCUCUUCCUCCUGUUCGUGGUGGAUCUUUCUCUGCCAGAGCCGUGGACUCAGGUUGAGGACUUGAAGUAUGAACUCGAGAAGUACCAAGAAGGCCUGUCCACGAGACCUCACCAGAUCAUUGCAAAUAAGAUUGACCUCCCGCAGGCCCGAGCCCAUCUGGCAAAGCUCCAAGCCCGCCUGGGGCAGGAGGUCAUCGCCCUGUCGGCCCUGACCGGGGAGAACCUGGAGCAGCUGCUGCUGCGGCUGAAAGAGCUGCACGGCACCCACUUGGAGGCAGGGCUGGGGCAGGGCCGCCGGCCUCUCCGGGGGUAGAACCUGGGGCCAGAGGCUGGCGCAGGGCUGGCCAGCUUGUGCAGAAGGCACGGCAGACCUAAGACGUGGGCGGCCUCGAAUGCAUAAAAAGUGCUU